ACAACAGUCCAACCCAUUUCUCCAUUUCUGAGUCCUAACUCUCAGAUAAGCCUCGGAAACACCAAACGGCCAAAAUCAUUAUUGCUCACAAAAUUUCCCAUUUUCCACCCAAAAUAUCAUUCCUUUUCAAGUCAUAGAUGCCAAAGAGUUGUUUUUAAUUGGUUUCUAGCCAACCCCAUAUAGAAUUGAUUACAAAAGAACUGGCCCAGAAGGGGAAAGGGAGAGAAUUGCGGGGGAAAGGAUAGUUCUUUGUGGGGUUCAUCAGCUGUCUUGGAGGCUGUAUGAGUUUUCAAGAACUGAACGGUAAUUACUGGGUCUUCAAGUUUGGGUGCUUGAAGAAGUUGAGGAAGCAACAGGAGGAGGAAAUACUAUGGCUAUUGUCUCGGUUCUUGGCUCACAGCUUUCUUUCAAUCCGCUUAAUGGGUCUCUUAUCAGGAGAAAAGCCUCUGUAUCGACAUGGGCUUCUUCUCGAGUUCGUUAUCGCAUCACUUCUAGCAGAUGGUUAAAUCUCAACUCCCCUCCUGCUAUUCACUGUUUUGACAGCAUUAAUCCGAGGUGGUUGAUUAAAAAUUCUGAUUUAGACUGCAACCAUGUGGCUACUGAGGAUGAGGUCUCAAAAGAUAUGUCGGCAGUUGAAAUUGAGUGUUGUUCAACUCCAAUUGUUCAGCUUAGAUCUGACAUUCUUGAGGCUGAAUCUUCAAGUUUACUAACUGAAGAAACUUAUGUAGAUAGACUUUUGACAAAUUUGCCAGUUCUAUCUGAGGAGGAACAAAAUGCACUUGCAGCAACCCCUGCCCAUCCAGAGGCACUGUAUGCUCUCUAUGCAAAUUGCCUGGCUGGGAAUUUAGUGGAACAGCUUUGGAGUUUUGCUUGGCCCUCUGCCAUCGCAUUACUUCAUCCUAGCCUUCUACCGGUGGCUGUCAUGGGUUUCUUCACAAAGCUUGCUAUAAUUAUUGGGGCCCCUUUGGUUGGCAAACUUAUGGAUCAGUUUCCAAGAGUACCUUCAUAUAUUUGUUUAAAUUCUGUUCAGGCAGCAGCUCAGUUAUUGUCUGCAGCAAUGAUAAUCCAUGCCCACACCAUCCCUCCUGCUCCCACAUCAUCUUUUCUUCUCCGUCCUUGGUUUAUUGUACUAGUUUGUGCAGGGGCUAUUGAGAGGCUAUCUGGGGUGGCAUUGGGCGUUGCUAUGGAGCGUGAUUGGGUUGUGCUGUUGGCUGGCAUAAAUAGGCCAGUUGCACUGGCACAUGCAAAUGCUGUUCUCAAUCGGAUUGAUCUUCUUUGUGAGAUUGUUGGCGCAUCAGUAUUUGGCAUUCUUCUUUCCAAGCAUGAUCCAGUGACCUGCCUAAGCAAUGCUGCCAGUGUAAUGUUAUGGUCAAUGCCUCUAGUGAUCGGCAUGACAUGCUUAACGUACAAACUUUCUCCUGGAGUUCUUGACCGUGCUAAAUGUUCACAAACCUGUUGCAGAACAUCUGAUGACAGGCCACCAAGGGAAACUGAUUACUUUGGCAUGCAAGCCAUCAAGCUUGGGUGGAGGGAAUACAUGCAGCAGCCAGUUCUUCCUGCAAGCCUAGCAUUUGUGCUACUUUACUUCAAUGUUGUUCUUACUCCAGGCAGCUUGAUGACAGCAUUUUUAACUAAACGCGGUUUGAAUCCAUCUAUUAUUGGGGGUUUCAGUGGAUUGUGUGCAUUUAUGGGUGUUGUGGCAACUUUCUUGUCUGCAAACCUUGUCAGGAGAUUUGGCAUUUUGAAGGCUGGAGCAGUUGGAUUAAUAUUUCAGGCUUCACUUCUUACGUUAGCUGUUGCUGUGUACUGGACUGGACCUCUUUUCCAGCACAGCCCCCUUCUUUUGUUCCUGAGUCUGAUCGUACUGUCAAGGUUGGGGCAUAUGUCAUACGACAUUGUGGGAGCUCAGAUACUUCAAACAGGAAUCCCAUUAUCCAAAGCAAAUCUUAUUGCGACAACAGAAAUUGCUGUUGCAAGCAUAGCUGAGUCUAUAAUGUUGGGAGUUGCAAUAAUUGCAAAUGACCUUUCACUUUUUGGAUUCCUAGCAAUUCUUUCGCUUUUAUCAGUUGUUGGAGCUGCAUGGAUGUUCUGCCGAUGGUUGUUGAAUCCAACAGAUGAACAAAGAAACCUUUUCCCUUUUGAUCCUCAAAGUUAGUUAUACUACCAUUGCUCUUUUUGACAUUGCAAAAGGCGGUUAGACAAUUGUGGCAACUAAGAUAAGUUUGAUUAUUGGAGGUAUAUCUUCUCAACACACAAGGAUUUUCAUAAUUUUGUUGUAGUUUCCCUUCUGUAACACAUCUCUAUGUAUAACAACAAUACAUAGAUGAAAAAUCAGGUUCUCAAUUUGCUAAUUUUGAUCCAGACCUUGUACAAUAACUACAGCAUUGAUUA